GGCUGGUGCGGGGGCAUUCCCAGCUACCUCAGUCGCGGCAGACCUGUGCUUGUGUGUGGGGCAUUUACUGUACACUUCCACAGCAAUUUAAGCAUAACUUUGUAGUUUCGCGAAUUCUUCAUUGUUGUACCUGUGAUGUGUUGUAACAAAAUGAGUACCAAAAUUCACGAGUUACCUGUCUGAUAAGACCAUUAAGACGCUUGCGAAUGUGUUAGCUACAGGACAUAAUGGUUCUGCGGAGAGGUAUAGCGUAUUUCAUCUGUGUUUGGUGUGUUCUCUUGGCACAGACAAUAGUUUACACCCACGCUGGACAACUCUCACUCAGUGGGUGUGUGACGGGGUCUGGCUGUCGCAAGUGUCCCGCUAACAGCUACACACUGGCUGCUGAUGGCUCCAUGUUGUGCUGCCCUGGCUGUACCUCUACCCUCCAGCAUGGAGAAUACCCUAGCAAGUGGUGCGUCUGCUACUCGGAGAGUGCGUCCCCUGGCAGUACUACAGCGAGGAAUGGUGUUGAUUCCAGGACGAAGCAACCUGUGCCCUCCAGUCUGGAGUCCAGGAUUCUCUCCAGCAAAAAUGAUGCUGUAGAUGUCCUGAGUGAUCCUCUGGCAUCUCCUUCAGAAGGUUCUGUUAGCGAUGCCGUCUACAUCCUUAAUCAGGGUGGCCACUCUGCCGUAGAUCGUUUUGGGAGCAGCAGCACCUUACCAGUGCCGGUGGCGGUGCAACAAGCUCUCACCAUGAUGGCUGAAGCAAUAGAGGCUCUUCAUGUAAGACUGACUAGGUUGGAGAACAUCAUCUUACAUAGCCCAGACCUGCAGCCUAGUGGAAGUGUGAACCGAUUGGGGACAGCUUCGCCAACCUCAGCCCCGCAGUCAACUGGGGGAGUGAACCAGGUGGGGUCAACUUCACUUCCUACAAGCCUACAUCCUAGUGGGAGUUUGAACCAGAUGGGAACAGCCUCACCCCCCUCAGAAGACUCCUGUCUGGCCUCCAACUUCACCCGUAUUGGUGACAGGUGCUAUCACUUCUCUGUGUGGCGUGGCCUUCGUUUACACUGGAAGGAUGCAAGUGACUCGUGUGAAACUAUGGGAGCCAAGCUAGCUGAACCCAUAACCAGGAGUGAGUUUGUGGCUCUCACCCAACACCUCUCUUCCUCUGCCUCUGUCAUAGGAUACAGUUACUGGAUUGGUGGACUUUACCCAGGAAUGUCAUGGCGAUGGGUGUAUAAUGGAAAAGAGGUAACCCUUGAUCCUUUCUACUGGACGAGAGAGGAUUCACUGGGACGGAAAGUGAUCCCUGGGAACACGACUACUGGGCGCUGUCUCUCGCUCACAUUCCAGGUCAAGGCCUCGGACUACUACUACUAUGCAGACGAGUGUGGUUUUGAGAAAUACUACAUUUGUGAGCUGCUGGAGAAGAUACACCAGAGACACUGAGCAUCACUACUGGACUAAUAGUAAAUGUAAUGGUAGUACAGUACUGUAGAGAGCUAUUCAGUGGUACAAAUGCUUAUAAAAUUUUAAUGAGUAAGCGAUAAACCCAUAGGUCAUGCAGUGACUAGGACGUGGAAGACCAUCAGGUUUGUUCCAAGGAAGGGUAGCUCUAGUUCCUUGGAUCCAGAUCCUCUCACCAGUAUCAAGAUAUGCCUAGAGAAAUGUUUAUAAAUAAUGACAUUUAUCUUAGUCACAUGAAGGAUACAAGCAAUCAUAUAACCAGGAUCAACCAAAUACCAAUACAGUAUGUUUCCUGUCUUGUUCUUUGUGCCCCACAGAGAUUUUCACUGAGGCUUCUGCAUAUCCUUUCUAGAGUAUCCUGCACCUCUUCUGUUAGAUGUAGUCUAUAUAUAGUGUUACAACUGCUGUAUCUUCCCUUAGUGAGGAACUUCAUAGCUCAAGUAGUAGAGUAUUUGACUCUCAGCCAUAAAGUCAGGUCAAAUCUUAGGUGAGGCUAGAUGUAUAAGCAAGUCUUCUGACACUUGCUGCCUGUAUUACCUAAAUGUAAAUAACUCGUGGUUGCACCCUGGGUAAUGUAAAACUGACCCCAAUGGAACUAAGUUGCUCCUUGACUUUCUGGAGCUAUCCUGGAUUACUAAUCCUCCAACACUGUAUGACCCCCUCUUGGAUUUAGCACUUAGGGUUAGUAAUAUUCUUUAACUUGUAUUCGAUUAGAGGCAUUAUUUUCUAUGUAAGUGCUAUAGGAUAUUUUAUAAAAAAUUGUUGACAGUCCCAUGCUGGAGUAUCUACCAGAGGGGCUAUUUACACUUCCAGUAAGACUUUUGACCAAAGUAUUGCAUUUUGACUCGUAUGGAAGGCUGAAAGUAACAUUCUUUUAGGAGAUAAGCCAGGAACUCAGCCACUGUAGCUAAAUAAAGGGAUUGAAAGAACUAUUUUUAGACAAAAAGA